AUGCUCCUCGUCAUGGGUCGACUCUGUCUCCGCGACAUCUUGCAGACGUUGCACGAGUACAGUCGGUUAGGGAAGGCAACGAAGAGUCUCUUCAGUGUCCGAAUGCCCACUGUCCACCCUCGCGAUGUGCAACAGAAGGGAGGAGUAGGACGCGAGGUGGGAGUGGGGUGGGGUGGGGUGGGUUUGGGAUUGGGGAUGAGUAAUGCAGAGGUGGAGGAAGAGUUGGUGGGAAAGUGGAAGGAGGUGGAGGAGGGGGAGAGCAGAUGA